UGCGUAUGCUUCUUUCUUUCUACAAUCUUUAUCCAUCCACUCUCUCUAACAAUUUCCAUCGUCGUUGUUCCCAGGUUUCUUCUUCGUUUAUUUAUGUGGUUGCAAGAUUCGGGGGUUCAACAGCAGCUCCGCUCAACUGUUACCACCAAGGCGCCGCAGCUUCUCCGCUUCUGAUAAUCUCUUUAUGGCUUUUGUCCUUUCUUUCUGCUGAUUUAGCUCUUUAGGGUUUUCAAUUUGUACUCUUUUCUCUUUUUCCUUUUCUUUUUGUUGUUGGGGAAAUCUUUGUUGUGGGUACUUUUUGUAAUUGUUAUAUCCUUUGUCAAAGUUCAUAGCUUUGAGUUGUUUCUCCCCUCAAUACUGUACAAUCAACAAUUAUCAUCUCAUCUCAUUCUUGCAGUCUUUUUCGUUUCCGUUUCUUUUAUCAUUUUUCUAACUCAUGUUGUGUUCUUUGAUUUUAUUGGGAGAAUACUGUGUAAUAUCGUGGAUUACUUUUAAACCUCACGUCUCUCCUGUUGUUGAAGAAAAUAAAAAAAGAUAAAUUAUUGAAAUAAUAAUUCAAAAAAAAAAAGGGAAGAAAGAAAAUAGAGGGGAAAAAGAAGAAAGAACCUUAUCAUCUAUUCAUUGAUGGGGAGUCCGGGACUGAGCAAUCGAAAUAAUGGACAGCAGCAACGAUUAGGCAUUACUGAGCCCAUUUCAUUGGGCGGACCAACUGAGUAUGAUGUGAUCAAGACUCGGGAACUCGAAAAGUACUUGCAAGAUGCUGGCUUGUACGAGAAUCAGGAGGAGGCAGUUAGUAGGGAGGAAGUUCUUGGCAGGCUAGAUCAGAUUGUGAAGAUUUGGGUCAAAACCAUUAGCCGUGCAAAGGGACUCAAUGACCAACUGGUGCAAGAAGCAAAUGCCAAGAUUUUCACCUUUGGCUCCUAUCGAUUAGGGGUCCAUGGCCCUGGAGCUGAUAUAGACACGCUUUGUGUGGCACCUAGGCAUGUAUCCAGAGAAGAAGAUUUCUUUGGUGAACUACAUAGGAUGCUGUCUGAGAUGCCAGAAGUAACAGAGUUGCACCCUGUGCCUGAUGCUCAUGUUCCAGUGAUGGGGUUCAAGUUCAAUGGUGUUUCUAUUGAUCUCCUUUAUGCAAGAUUGUCUUUGUGGGUUAUUCCUGAGGACUUGGAUAUAUCACAGGAGUCAAUAUUACAAAAUGCAGAUGAACAAACUGUUCGUAGUCUUAAUGGUUGUAGAGUGACUGAUCAAAUCCUGCGUUUGGUUCCAAAUAUUCAGAAUUUUCGCACAACAUUGAGAUGCAUGAGAUUUUGGGCAAAGCGACGUGGUGUCUAUUCAAAUGUUUCUGGUUUUUUGGGUGGUAUAAACUGGGCAUUGCUGGUUGCUCGAAUAUGUCAGUUAUUUCCAAAUGCACUUCCAAAUAUGUUAGUGUCUAGGUUCUUUAGGGUGUAUACUCAGUGGCGUUGGCCGAACCCUGUCCUGCUUUGUGCUAUUGAAGAAGGAUCUCUUGGACUCCAAGUUUGGGAUCCUAGAAGAUAUCCCAAGGAUAGAUUCCAUCUAAUGCCGAUAAUUACUCCUGCUUAUCCUUGCAUGAACUCUAGCUACAAUGUUUCAUCAAGUACAUUGCGUAUUAUGACAGAGGAGUUUCAGAGGGGAAAUGAAAUAUGUGAGGCAAUGGAGGCGAACAAUGCCAAUUGGGAUGCUCUUUUUGAGCCUUAUCCAUUUUUUGAAGCUUAUAAGAAUUAUCUGCAGAUAGAUGUUUCAGCAGAGAAUGCUGAUGAUCUUAGAAAAUGGAAGGGCUGGGUUGAGUCCCGCCUCCGCCACUUGACAUUGAAGAUUGAGCGGCACACAUAUGGCAUGCUUCAGUGCCAUCCACAUCCUGGUGAUUUUUCAGACAAAUCUAAGCCUUUCCACUGUUCCUACUUCAUGGGUUUGCAACGUAAGCAAGGAGUUCCCGUGAAUGAAGGCGAACAAUUUGAUAUAAGACAUACCGUUGAAGAAUUUAAGCAUUCUGUCAACAUGUAUACUUUGUGGAAACCAGGAAUGGCUAUCCAGGUAUCCCAUGUGAAACGGCGUAGCAUACCGAACUUUGUUUUUCCUGGUGGCGUUCGACCUUCCCGGCCAACUAAAGCAACUUGGGACAGUAAGCGAAGUUCAGAAUUAAGGGAUUCCGUACAUGGUCAGACAGAGAAGUCUCAAGAAGGACAAGCAGUUGCCUUGAGAGAAGCCGAUGAAAGGAAGAGAAAGCGAGCGGAGGACAGCAUUGAUAACUUAAGAACUUCCAAGUCUUUUGCAUCUUUACCUCCCUCCAGCGGGGAUGUUCAUGAUGACUCGAGAAAUCCUGUUAGCAUUGCUAGUUCUUGUUCUAUGAAAUGCGAUGAAUCAGAAGUCAACAGUGUGAAUGAGAAGCCUGAUUUGAAAUCUUUAACGGGAAGUCCUUCCAGGCAUGGCGAGACCAAUGGAUCAGCAAGAAGCAUCCAACAAGUCAACCAUAUGCUUACUGGCAUUAAUACAUGUAAUUCUAAAGAAGCAGAAAAUCUAGCCAUUGAAAAGAUCAUAUCUGGUCCAUAUGAUACACAUCAAGCCUUACCAGAAGAACCUGACGAGCUUGAAGAUGAUGUUGAGUACAGAAAUCAAUUUAAAAAUUUAGGUGGGAACAUAAACAAGAGCAACUUGGACUCUUCACAUUCAGAGCUGGCAGUGGUAGGCGAACCAGUUAUUACUGAGAAGGAAACCUCUUGUUCAAAUCAUUUACUCCCCAAUGAGAGCUUGGAGGAGCUAGAGCCUGCUGAGCUGACAGCUCCAUUCAUAAGUUCUACAGCUGCACCUCUGCCCCAGAGGAAGCCUCUUAUCAGGUUGAACUUCACCUCUCUAGGAAAAGCUGCUGACAAAAGUUCCUAGAUGCUGUAAUAGAUACACCACUUCAAAUGUCUUGGAAAUGCUCUUUUCCAAUUCUUUCUUUCCUUCUGUAAUCAUAAUGAAGUUUUGACGCCUACUUAUAGAAGGGAGAUACCAGCCCUCUAAAAUUCAAGCUUUUUUUUUUAUCUGCAAUAAAAUAUAGUCCAUAGUCCCAUGUUUUGUCUCUAUUUAA